ACACAAUGAGUCACGCGCCUCAGAGUCUCAAUUGGGAAGGUCGCCUUGCAUAUGCUUCCCUUUGGCACCUGCGCUUUGGCACGGCAUUCUGCGAUUCAAUAUCUUCCGAGCGAGGGUCGAAUCCUUAUCAAUCUAGGAAGCAGCCACCAUGACCAAGGGUACUCAAUCCUUCGGUAAGAAGCACACAAAGUCGCACACUCUGUGCAGGCGAUGUGGACGUCGUUCUUUCCACAACCAGAAGAAGACUUGCGCGCAGUGCGGUUACCCUGCGGCCAAGAUUCGUCACUUCGAGUGGUCUGAGAAGGGCAAGCGUCGCAAGACCACCGGUACCGGCCGUAUGCGUUACCUGAAGACGGUCGCUCGCCGUUUCAAGAACGGUUUCCGUGAAGGUGCCAUCGCCAAGCCCAAGACCCGUUCCACCACCUCUGCGUAAACGAAAAAUUAAUCAUCGAAAAUCCGAUUUAGAAAUGGCAUGAUUUUUUGAUAUUCCUUUUUCAUGUGCGCGUGGGCGGAUGUACAGUCAAAUAUACAAUCUGUUCGGGACACCA